AUGGCAAUUCCAAUUCCUUUGGCCCUCCUCGCUCUUUCGGCCAUUUUCGGUCUUCUUCCACCUCACACCACGGCGGACCACGUCCUUUACACCGGCGAGGUUCUCAUGGCCGGCCAAAACCUCACUAACGGGCAAUACCGCUUGGCCAUGCAAUCCAACUGCGACCUUGUCCUCUACGAAGGCGAGACGUCGACAUGGAGAGCCAACACUGCCGGCAAGGGCAACGACUGCUACCUCGGGCUGAAGCACAACGGAGAGCUAGUCGUCCGCCGAAAUGUCCACUACACCCUAUGGUCCAGCUCAAACAAAUCGAAGAAAGGCAAGUAUGCCCUCGUGCUCGACCACCACGGGAAGCUCGGCAUCUACGGCCAGAGACGGUGGGCGAGUAACAACCAGAAGGAGACCGGCAUACUGGACAGGUCGGUGGUUUCGACGGAGUACGUGCUCUACUCCAGCGAGAGACUGGCCCCUCCAAAGAAGCUAAAGUAUAACAAUUAUGAGCUGGGAUUUAAGAAGUGCAACCUGGUCAUCAGUGACAGCCGAACAGGAAAGCUGUUGUGGCAGACUAGCACGGAAGCUAACACUUGCUACGCGCAGCUGGAGGCGGAUGGGGAGCUCACCGUGAAGCAUCACAAUAACCGUCUUUGGAGCAGCAACAAGAAAUCGGAGGAUGGGGCGUACAUAGCCGUGCUUCGUUUCGAUGGGAGGCUUAACGUUUUUGGCCCGUUGAUAUGGUCCCUCGACAGAACUGACGACUCCCCGUUACCGGAGGCGUCUUUUCCUCCAACGGGAGAUUUCACGGCGUCCGAUGAGUGA